GACAAAGGUCUUCCUCAACCACCUAGCGUUUCGCGGGUUAGAGCAUUAUAUGACUUUCGUCCGACCGAGAGUAAUGAACUCGGAUUCUCCUGUGGAGAUAUUAUUAAUGUUAUAGAUAAUGUCUAUAAGGAUUGGUGGAAGGGAGAGCUACGUGGCCAAACUGGUAUUUUCCCAGUGAAUUAUGUGGAAAAAAUAACUGAGCCAUCACCAGUAGAUAUUGCGAAAGAACUCGAAAUGGAAGUAAAUGUUUUUUCACAGGGUAAAAACAUUGAACGUCUUCUAGAGCUGCUCGAAGGGUUUGAUGCACAAAAGGAUAGUGUUACGACAAAUGAAGAUAUUCAGAAUUUGUAUAAUGAAACAGUACCAAUCAGACCUAAAUUGGCAAUACUGGUUGAGAAAUAUACCAAAAAGAAAG